UGUAGAAAUGGGUCAGCUGAUCAUUAACAACAUGCUCGUUGGAUGUAAACAUUCAAUUUCCACUGUGUUUCUAAUAGAUACAUGAAGAAACGUCCCGUACACAGUGACUUUUGCAUGCAGCUGUCAGAAUGGCCUCGAGUUUCGCCCCACCGAAGCUGGCCGACUUCAUUCUCACAGAACGACUGGGGAGUGGUACCUAUGCGACAGUCUACAAAGCCUACAGCAAGGGGGACAGUCGAGAAGUAGUGGCUGUGAAGGUAGUUAGUAAAAAGAGUCUGAACAAGGCAUCAAUGGAAAACCUGCUGACAGAGAUAGAGAUUCUGAAGACUGUGCGCCACCCACACAUAGUGCAGUUAAAGGACUUCCAGUGGGACAGUGAGAACAUCUAUCUGAUCUUGGAGUGGUGUUCAGGAGGGGACCUGUCCCGCUUCAUCCGAAGUCGGCGUCUAUUACCCGAGAGGGUGGCUCGCCGUUUCCUGCAGCAGAUAGCCUGCGCCCUCCAGUUCCUCCAUGAGCGAAAUAUCUCCCAUCUGGACCUGAAACCCCAGAACAUUCUGCUCUGUGGUUCGGUCCUCAAAUUAGCAGAUUUUGGCUUUGCCCAGUACAUGUCUCCCUGGGAUGAGCAGAGUGUGCUUAGGGGCUCUCCUCUCUACAUGGCACCAGAGAUGGUGUGUCGACAGCAGUAUGACUCCAGAGUGGACCUCUGGUCUGUGGGAGUCAUCCUAUACGAGGCUCUGUUUGGUCGUGCUCCUUUUGCCUCCAAGUCCUACACUGAAUUAGAGGAGAAGAUUCGCAGUAACAAGCCCGUCGAGCUCCCUGCUGGUGGCAGAGUGUCCAGAGACUGCCGAGAUCUGCUACAGCGGCUACUGGAGAGAGAUCCAGAUGCCCGUCUCACCUUCUCACAGUUCUUUUCUCACCCAUUUGUGGACUUGGAGCACAUGCCCAGUGCCGAUAGUUUGGGGAAAGCGAAAGCGCUGGUCCUCCAGGCUGUCCAGAAAGACCAAGCAGGGGAGAGGUCCGCGGCCCUGUCUCUCUACUGCAGCUCUCUGGAGCACUUUGUCCCAGCCAUUCACUACGAGACAGACCGACUGCGCAAAGACGCCCUGAGGCAAAAGGUCAGUCAGUAUGUAUCCAGAGCCGAGGAGCUGAAAGCCCUGGUGGCCACAGACAACAGACUGAGCUUUGAGAAGGCCAAGAACACCAGGGACAUCCUCAGAGAGAUGUCUCGAGACCAACCCCGUCUGCUGGCUGCCCUGGAGCUAGCCUCUGCUGCCAUAGCUAAGCAGUGUCUGUGGUGGUCUACAAGCACAGUCACAGAUGUCUCUUUACCUCAGGAGGAGAGGGGGCUGGAUGACCAUGACACUCUGGAUUUGUACCAGCAGAGUCUAGGAGAACUGCUGCUAGCUCUAGCAGCCGAGGCGCAGGGCCGAAGGAGAGAUUUGCUCCACAGUGAGAUUAAAAGCCUCAUGUCCAGAGCUGAAUACCUCAAAGAGCAAAUGAAGAUGCUGGAGACCCAGAAAGAUGUAUCACUGGACCGGGAGCCCCUUUCAGAGUCUGUGAGAAGUUGUAAGUAUAGUACAUGUGUGUGUGUGUGUGUCCUAUACACACACCCCCACCUUCCCUCCUCUCACUUUAGUGAGGCCAGUAGCCAUACACACCAGUAGAUAGAGUAUAUACGAGGGGUUAAGUGUGAAAUGGCCGUCUGAAGCCAUAAUGAAAUUUCCCUCCAGCAUAGUUUUUUUUCCACUAGUAAAAUGUGAGCUCCUCUCUUACCAAGCUGUGGAGCCCCUGGGAACGCCUGGCUCUCUGGUUUCAUGUCUCAGUAGCUCUGGGCAGAUCUGACCUUUGGCCUCUAGUAAAACCCACCUUGUGAAAGUGAGUCUUGGUUUUAGCCAAGAGCAAGUUCCAUCCCCCUAACUCACAUAUCUCACUUUGUAAGAGCUUGGCUGAGAUGGUAGAUAGUUGAUAUGUAAAGCCAGACAAUAUCCUGUUUUUAGUUAGACAUUCCAGAGGAAUUAUAAGUGCAUGGCGCGUUAUAUGAAUGUUCUGGAAAGUUCUGUUUUUCUGAAGGUACAGCACUGCUGUUAUUGGAGCUCACCCAGACAGGGCGGCAGGCAGACAUGUCUCGCUGGCGUUUCUCCACUUGCAGCUGGAGGGUCAUGGCAGCGUCCAAGACUGUCUGCUGACCUUACACUAACGAAGAUGUCAUGUCUGACUGAGGCCUAUUACAAUCUCUUUCUCAGACUUAACAUCAUUCACACACACUGACGUAAUACAACAUACACUUAGACACACACACACAGGUAUAGUAGUCCACACACACAAAACUAACCCAGGGUUAGUUCAGGGUUCAACCAAGCCUAUAUGAUAAUAUACAGUAACAUGCCAGUCUGUUUCUGCUCUUCUUCCCUCCUCUUCCUCAGCAUGUUGCGUUCAGUGAGCUGGCCUCCGUAACCAUGGGCACCAGAGGGGUCAUCCAGCAUGGAAGGCAGACCCCUGCAGGCCAGGGCCAAGUAAUUAUAGAGAUUCAGCAUUAAUUUCAAACCUGCAAACAAAAUGUUUUCUUUGAGGAAGGAAGUCAUCUGGCCAACUUAUUAUCAGUCCAGUUACCUCACCCCCCCCCCCCCCCCCCCUCAUCACAAUGUACUGUAGUGUCCCCUCAAAGCCCUCCUGCCAAACCAUUCAUAUUGAUAGCAGGGCAGCCUGUAUGAUAAUGCUGAACUGUUAUGUAAAGCUGGGACAGUGUCAUGGUGUAAUGUUUGUGAGGGUGAGAGUACGAGGGCUGACUGACAUUUGGAAGCUAGACCCCAGAACAAAGGGACUGCUAGUCAGAUUCAUCACAUCAUUAGUGUUUAGCAGAUGACUGUCAGGCUUCACACUCUAAGAGCACAGUCUUUGUUGUGAUCUACUUCUAUCUCUCUUUCUCUCUCAAACACACAUGUUCAUGCUUGAUCUGUAUUUCUUACCCCCACACACACAUACAGUACUUCCAUGCUCUCACACACACACACACACACACACCCCAAGUCGCUUUGCUGUGGCCUGACCACAGCCUCACCACGCUCACUCCACUGAUGGGGCAGUCCCUACCACUAUGAGGAGAAACUGGAGAGGUGUGGCUUCUGCCUUAUUUACACAAGCCCUGCAUUUACUUUGGUUUGGCACGGUUCAGGAUCCAAGCAUACAGUAGCAUACAGUCAAGACGGGCCUUUAGCAAACUCGUUUACAGCUUUUGUGAAUAUUGACAUUUUUUGUGGUAGCUGAAUAAUAACUUAUGUUGCAGGUCUCUCGGAUGUUUUAUCAAGAUGUAUCGUGCAUGAAUCAGCUGCUGUAUAAGGGACAUUUCUGUAUAAAACAAAUAAGUGGUCGUAUCCAACAGCAACCAGGAAAUACCUGACUAAGGAGGGAGGGAGGAAAAAACAUGUCCAAAUUGAGGGCUCACAUAUGUGAAUUUGUUGAAUUGUUUUAUAUGGAUAUGAGGUUUUUUAUAAACUAAUUUAUUAAAUGGAUGAUCUGAAGGAA